AUGUUCACCGUGAGUGGCGUAAGGACUUUCACCCAGAAAGCGUCCGUUCGAGAUGUUCGCGGGGUCGGACGAAGGAACACCGCGGUGAUCCUUCCGCGAAGAGGACGAUGCGUGAAGGUCUCGGCGGCGUGCGAUGGGGCGAUGGGAUUCGCCCGCGGUGAGGAGAGUGUGGCGGAUGAGCGAUCGUUUGACGGCGCCAUGCGCGUGCCGACGACAGCGAUGGCGAAGAUCGGUCGACAGCUUGGGGGUGGCGGCUCGGCAACGCUGGAGAAAUCCGGCUUGAGCAUGCAGCAGCAGGUGUCAGUGGCGGCGCCGAAGAUCGCGGACGGCGGUGGUGGUGGUGGUAAUGGUGGCAAGAUCAACAACGGUGGCGGUGGCGGUGACGGUGAUGAGGGCGACGACGAUGAUUACUUUGAGGAAGGUGACGAUGACGACGGAGAGGAAGGAUUUUUUAGCACGCGAGCCGCGAUUGGGGAGACGUUUGACAGAAAGGCUAUUCAGGCGGUUUUGUCUGAGUGGUUCAAGACGAUGGAAUCGCUGCCAGGGGGUAUUCGCAUGGCGGUAGAGAUGGGCAUCGUGUCUUCUCUCGCCCUCGUGCGUUUCAUGACUGUCAACGUCCGCCCGAGCGUUGUGCGAGCCGUAUCUCGGAGCACACCUCAGGCGUUCUCCCGUGGUUUCGUCGGCCGCCUCAUGGCUGACCCUGCGUUCCUGUACAAACUUGCGUUCGAACAAGUAGUCACUAUCAGCGCGGCGACGAUGUACGAAGUCGCCCACCGCGGUGAUCGCCUGAAGGCUGAAUGGGACCUCGCCCUGAGCAACAUCAUGCAACUCUCCGUUGCGAACGCGUUGACAGUCUGGUGCAUGACGCCGGUGCGAUCGUUUGGUUCUUCCGCGACAAACGGCUUCCAAAAGUUCUUGGCAUCGAUGCCGAACAACGCGUUCGACCGUGCCGGUCCUUUGCGACAGUACACGAACGCGACUCGUGGCUUGAGUGUCGUCACCAAGGCGGCCGAGUUGUCCGCCGUCGGUGUCAUUACGGGAGGCGCGUUCUCGCUCUUGAACUCUGGUUUGUUGGCCAUGCACAAGAAGAAGGAAGGUAAGGAGUGGGAGCCGUCGAUUCCGGUUCCAGAUCUCAAGACCUCUGCGCUUGGUAUGGGUGCCUUCCUCGGUAUCUCGUGCAAUUUGCGCUACCAACUUCUUGGCGGCGCCGAUCGCUGGAUGACGGAACACCUCACGUCAUUGGCUGGGGCGGUGUCCGCCACCGCAUUGGGUCGCGUCGUUAACAACCAAGUCGGCGAACCGACUCGCCUGUUCGCUCUGGGUCUUCCCAUGCACGCCACGAUGGCCAAGACAGCCGGUUCUGCAAUUCCUCAGUUCACCAAGAAAAAGGUGGUGAAGAAGCGCAGAAAGGUUGUCAAGAAGCGCGUCGCGCCGUCCUCCGACGUGCCGACCGCCGUCGCGGCUUGA